GCGCACCUGGCAUUCAUUCCAAUGACUUGCCGCAGUAUCAGACGCCUUGGACGUGCAGCGUGGUCGGCAAAGGAACGCCCUCUCCACCUCCGGCGCCUGUGAUUCCUACGCCCCUGCCAGCAUCGACGUGCAUUCCAAACUAUCAUGUGAACUGCAUGCGCAAUCCCAACUGCUGCGAUCCUUCCGCAAGAUGUUACCAGAAGGACAAAGCAGUGGCAAUUUGCCUGCAAACUUGCAAGCCUGGGAUCCACUUGAAUGAUCCACCGCGAUGGCAGACGCCAUGGACGUGUUCCUUGUUGACACCCCAGGGGGCCCCA